AUGCCACGCCUUCUCUCAUCCAGCCGCCAUUUCAGCUACCGCCCGGACUGCAGCAGCAGCAUGGGACCAAUACUACUGUUAUUACUGCUAUUAUUGACCGUCAGGGUUCACGGAGUCACUGAAUGCCCACGUGAAUGCGAAUGUGACGCAAUACCGCCGAAUAACUCUUCAUGGGCAGUUUAUUGUCAUCGCGGUGGCCUCAACGAUUCUCUCUUCGCAGAUAUUCUCAAUCGACUUCCACCUACCUUGAAAUUACUGGAUAUUCACGCCCCGAGUUGGCGUCCUUCUAAUAAAUUCAAAUGGAGCGACAAUCUGAAUCGAUUCAGUCAAUUGAAACAUCUUCGCCUAGUGAACUGCGGUAUUCCGGCGAUGAGUAGGAGCACCAGACUUCCUUCUCUUGAGUUACUCGAUCUUCAUGGGAACAACAUUGAACACGCCACUAUGGGCAACUUUGGUGGAAUGCCUAAUUUGCGGUUUCUCGACUUGAGUCACAAUCACCUCAGCAUUCUUCCAACUGGCGUUUUCACAUUUCUACACAACCUCAAGUCCUUGUCACUGGCUAACAACUCAAUCACGGAACUGUCUGCCAAUCUGCUCCGCGGUCUGCGAACUCUCAAAUCAUUGCGGCUUGACGGGAACCGCAUUCCUAUCAAGCAGAUCAACGACCUCUUCGUUGAUGUGCCUCAGCUUGAUGAACUACAUCUGAACGACUGUCGACUAUCCAGCAUCGCCAAUCUGUCACUGAACGACGUUCCGCAAUUACGUCAUCUCGGACUGGCUAAUAACAAUCUGCGCACGAUACCCACUCAAGAGUUACGACAACUGGCACAUUUGGCCGUGCUUGACCUCAGCGGAAAUGACCUUGACGAGGUUGGAGCAUGCGCUUUUUGCUCUAAUAACAUCUCUCGGCUCGAUCUCUCCCAUAAUCGACUCGGUCUGGUGAAACAGCCAUUCCAUGCCGAUGCCUUUUCGAAAUAUGCCUCUAGUGGAGCUGGACCUUUCUUUCAAUCACAUGGAUGA